CUGGAGCCGGAAGCACGGGUGGUGGUGCAAGUGGAGGUGGUAGCGGCAGCGGCACUGACGACGGGGGUACUACGUCGCCUCAGCUCCCCACACUGGGGGCCGUGCUCGAGGGAAACAGCUGGCUGAACCUCGAGUUCUGUGGGCGUGACGUGGACGACCUGUGUCGCGCGACGCCCGAGAUCUGGCCUCCGGUGGCGAAAGCCCUCUCGGACUUUCUGGGCAUCGACCGGGACCGCAUCGAGUUGGUGGACAGCUCCUGCGACAGCUUGCUACCCGGAACCACGAUCCGCGUCGGCGAGACUCUGUCUCUGACCAGCAAUGUCCUAAGCAGCGACUUGAGCGGCUUGUCCUUGUCGCUCCGCGAGCUGCAAACCCCCAGCCUUCCGGCGAGCCUCGCCAGCAUUCCGGCGAAUCUGCAGGCCGCCGCGACCUCGCAGACGGCGAAUGCUCUGCAGUCCUCCGCCGCAGGAGCUCUGGCCGCCGCCAAUAUCCCGGCGGGAAUUGAAGAAGCCCCCAGCUUUGCCGGCGUGACGGCCGUGGUCAAAGCCGCAGCAGAGGAGACUGUUGCGACGCCCGGGGUGACGGCCCGCAUCCCAAGCGCUGAGGAGCUUCCCACACUGCUCACGCGUCUGCAGCUCACGGCCCCGACGAACCUGGACUACACUCUGCCUUCUUGCUUGGCCAAGUUCCAGCGGACGACCCUGAUUGUGCCUUUCAAGUACCGCAUCACCGGCUUUCCCACCACCGCGGAAGCGCAUGCGGCGGCGAACCAGCUGUGCACCGCCGCAGCCGACUUGGCGGCUCAGGUCAGUGAAGCGGUAGGGAUCCUCUGGGGCAUGAACGAAAACUACCUGGGGCUGAUGUUUGCAGCGCUGGGCAAAGCGUGCACCAAUGUGGCGGAGCACUUUACCGUCAGCACGGCUCCCUACGGGAGUGUCGCGACGAACGACCUGGGCGGCGACGAGGACGCCGGGGUUUGGUUGGCGGUCGCCUUUGUGUCCGUCUUCGCCUUCCUGCUGUGUCUCGCGGGAGGGUACCUGUUGCGUUCCCUGGCCGAGUCGGAGCGUUCCCUGACGGUCUUGCAGGCCCAGCUGCGGGCGACGCAGCGCGCGAGUUCGGCGGGUUCGCGCGGUUCCAAGGGGUCGCACGGUUCCGUCGGGUCGGAGGGGUACUACGAUUCGUACGACCACGUGCCUGUGCCAAUUCCGAAGGAACACCAGCAUCAUUUGAAGCAUGCGGUACCCGUCUCCUCGGGUUCUGCGUACAACGCGAGCAUGAGUGUGCUGGAGAUGGCCGAGAUGGUGGCGCAAGCGACAACGAAGUCGGUGGGAGACCGGCGUUCGGUGGUCGCACGGAAAAGCAAGGACCUCUUGGUCUACCCGCUGCCAUCGAAACACAGCUUGGAAUCGUUGAUGAGUGAGCCCGACCGGCGCACGAGGCAACCCACUUCCAGAGCAACGGACGGCGUGGCCUCGAUGAAGUCUCUCGCGCAGCGAUUUGAAUCGGUCAAAAAGAAGUCCCGGCCGCAAAUGCAGGAACCGCCGCGGGCAACCGACCACUACGUGUACCGAGGGUCGCACUUGGAGCACGACACGUCCUCUGACGACGAGGACCCGAAGCGGCAAAGCAAGAAACACAGUCGUGCGGCCGAUUCGGCGGAGAAAACUGCGUGGUCACCGAACACGUUGCGAAAGAAACACAUCAAUCCGGGCAAGACGACUUCUGCGUUGUCCGCCGAACAAAAGCCCCGGGAAAGCGCGAAUCAUCGCGGGCAGGCCUACUACAUGCGCCAAAACACCAGCACCAUGAGACAAAAGCGGACGAACAAGUUGAAGAAGGCAGUGGGGAUAUCGCGAGGAAAAAGGAUCCCUCCUGUCCCCAUACUGGAACGGCUUGCAGCUUCUGAAAAUUUGCGAUGCGAAUUUGUAGGCACAACUCGUGUCUGUCUUGCAAGAAGGCAAAUGAUGCGGAAAGUUCGCCGCUUUUUGUUGUGUGCAGCCGGUUUGUGAUCAUGUUAUUAGACCUUCAGGGUAGAAGACGUCUGCCAUGGUAGUACUAAGUGCCUACCUGCUCAAAGCAUCCCUGCCCAACAGCCUCUGGCGCUGCCUGCAGUCCUCUACUGCAAGAUCGAAAGAUGAUUUGGGUGCACAAACCGUCCCGCAUCACAGAUUUCCGUUUUCAGUUGGGCCGGGGGGAUUUUCCAUUUCGAUAGGCGACCGCGCGCGCAUCCCCGAGGGGCGUGCGGAACUUCGGCGCGGGGCCGGAGGGUGAGUCGGGGGAAGAUUCCUACCAAGUGGAUUUUGCCGCUUACGACGAACGUGCUGAUGUGCUUCGAAGUACUUCUUUCCGUGGUGAAGAUGACGACUGGUACUAUGACGUUCCCGCGUUUGAGCCCCCUCGCAGAACAAGCAAGCGUGCCUUGUCGUCGCGCGUGCGUGCAUCAAACGAAACGGAGUACUAUGACGCGAAACGGAGUACUAAGACGCGCGAAACGGCAUACCAUAGCGCAGACGAGGUGGCCGCGACACCGGAAGCCGUACCGCACUCUGCUCGCCGCAGCAAAAGCAGCAGGACCCCGCGAGCUCGGGGGCCCUCCAGCGAGCGUCUGGCAAGGUCAAAGAAGCAAGCAAAUUACUCCUAA